UUCGGCUCGUCGUUUUUGCACAGAGAUUGAAGAGGCAUUUCUGCGAAUUUUCUUGCGAGGCGGCUGGGUAUCGUAGGUGGCGGCCAUCGCGACUUUCAGAUGAGGGUAAGCGGGCAAGACGCGAUCCUCCAAAAUUUGCAGAAUCGAUCAAGAAGGCCUCUAUUAGGCUACGCCACGGUAGCCAAAUAAUUCCCUUCUGUCCCUCCAUCAUGAAUAGUCUGGCGGUUCUGGAAAAAAUACUCAUUGCGAUCUUUGUAUUUUUCGUCGUUGUCGUAAUCGUUUCAAUUGUAAAACGUCGCGGAAAUGUAGUGCUCCUUGUUGGCCCCUCUGAUGGUGGCAAAACAGCGAUAUUUUCAAAGCUUGUAUAUGACCAAUUGCUACCGUCGCAUACAUCUUUACAGGCCAACGCCUCAUCCGUUAAAUCGCCUUCGUUCAACUAUCCUGUAGUCAUUGUCGAUAUACCUGGUCAUCCAAAGAUGCGAGACCAGUUCAAAGAACAUAUGAAGGGGACAAUUGUUAUCGCUUUCGUCGUCGAUGCAAGCACAGUGUCGCGUAAUGCGGCCGCCGUUGCCGAGCAUCUUCACAUCAUAAUGGACGCUAUAAACAACUUACCAUCUCAUCAAAAGACACCCAGUCUGAUCGUUGUCGCCCACAAGACCGACCUACUCAAGAACGUGGCCAGGGAGCUAGAGAAGCGCCGGGCUUCUCAGUCAGGUGGCUUGGAAGUUGAAGGCCUAGGCGAGGAUGAGAAAACAGAGUUGGGUGGUCUUGAAUGUGCGGGCACUGCUACAACAUUCAGGUUCUCCGACUGGAAAGGUGCUGAGGUGCACUUUAUUGCCACAUCCGUGAAAGAGUCAACGAAAGGUGCAGACGAUGAGAAGAGCGACCCACAAAUUGGACUUAGUUCUCUACGAGAACUUUUGUUCACCAUACAGCGAUAGAUCUAUCUUACGGACAAUAUGUAUUUUAUUAGCGCAAAGGGUCUCGAUGAAGGGUCAGU